CUUUCUCCAGUCUCGCUCUCCGGGUCUUUGUCUCACACUCUUUGUUAGCCAUGCCUAGCCUGCUGGUGCUGUCAGGGAUCAUGGAGAAAAAUGGGGGCUACGGCUCGGAACUAGCCGCCUCCGGCUUUGGAACCGAGAGCCUCCUGGCGCCGCCGGAUGAGGAGGAAGAGGAGUCGCGGGCGCUGCGGGUUGCGCUGGGCCAGCUCUCCUUGCUCGGGCUCGGGGAAAGCGAGGAGGGCGCCGGAGUUCAGGAGCGCAGCAGCAGCUGCAGCAACAACAACAACAACCACCACCACCACCACGGCCACGGCCACGCCAACAGCGUCGGAGGAGGAGGUGGUGGAGGUGGUGGAGGUAAUGCUGGAGAAGCCGGGAUCUUACAAGGCAAGAGCAAGUUGUGCGCGCUGUACGAGGGCUCCGGGUCCGAGACCAAAGCGCGCGGCUGCAACAUCACCGAGUGUGUGCCCGUGCCCAGCUCGGAACAUGUGGCGGAAAUAGUGGGCAGGCAAGGUUGUAAAAUCAAAGCCUUGAGGGCCAAAACUAACACCUACAUCAAGACCCCGGUGCGAGGCGAAGAGCCCGUCUUUCUCAUUACUGGUCGUAAAGAAGACGUGGCUUUAGCUAGACGUGAGAUCAUCUCGGCAGCUGAGCACUUCUCCAUGUUGCGUGCAUCCCGGAACAAGCUGGGUGUGUCAUUUAAUGGUUCUCCGCCCGCCCUCUUGCCAGGCCAGACCACGAUCCAGGUGCGCGUGCCUUACCGUGUGGUAGGUCUGGUGGUGGGCCCUAAAGGCUCCACUAUCAAGCGCAUCCAACAGCAGACGUGCACGUAUAUCGUGACUCCGAGCCGCGAUCGUGACCCUGUCUUCGAGAUCACCGGUUCGCCAGGCAAUGCAGAACGAGCGCGGGAGGAGAUCGAGGCGCAUAUCGCUUCACGCACUGGCACCCUGCACGACCAUAACAACGAGAACGACUGCCUGGCCACUGAGAACAGCACCAACGGUGGACCGGAGAGUCGCCUCCAGCACGCCUGGGGGCUCCAAGGUGGUCAACGUAAGCCACUUGCUAGCAGUUACCGCCAGAAUUUCUCUGACACCGUGCUGGGAGGUACCGGAAGUGGAAGCGUUGGAGUUGGUAUGGGCAUUUACGGCAAAUCCGACUUCUCGACCCCGACCAACGGAGACAAGCCGUGCUCCUACUUCGGUUCUGAAGGUUCCCAGAGCUGGGGUGACCCUGAUUAUCCCAAACAGGUAGCCUACUAUGUCCAACAGCGCUCCAAGAGCUUCGGAGGCCUGCCCUUGCCCUUGACCAGACUGUCUCCGGGUCUUCCGGAACCUUCUGGAACCAGCAGUGCCGGAUCCGCUGGCAUAGGGUCAGCCCAUGCCCAGGCUCGGCGUGCCCACAGCGAGCCCACCUCGACCCGGGACUGCAUGACCUGCUUCGAGAGCAAAGUGACAGCCGCUCUGGUGCCCUGCGGCCACAACCUCUUCUGCAUGGAAUGCGCCAUCCGCAUCUGUGAGCUCAGCCAUCCCGAAUGCCCCGUCUGCCACACGCUCGUCACCCAGGCCAUCCGGAUCUUCUCUUAAAAAGGUUUUUUUGUUUGUUUGGGUUUUUUUUUUCCUUUUCUUGGUGCAUUGGUUUCAACUAGACAUUUUGACCUACUUUUUUUUUUUUUUUAAUUAGUUUAGCAUUUGUUUGGUCAGUAUUGGUCAGUA